GACGAAUUUUGCCUUUUCCUUGUGCUUUCCGAUGCUGCGCUUGCUGCUGAGCUCCCCUUUUUUUUUCCCUUCUCACCUACAUCCUCGCUUCUCGUCGCCCAUUUGAGCGGAGCUUUGGAUCCUUCUUUUUGCCUCCAAGUUUUUCCACACUCGAAGCACAUUCCCUCCAAGUGUGCACGCGAGAGCGACUGGGCUUCGGAACGUCAAACCUUACUAGAAACAAAAACAACCCUUUUUAAGGUUGACCAUCUCCUAAAACAGAACUCUGAGAAAACACUCCCAUUCGACCUCUCUCCCUUAUCACCAUGGGCAACAAGAAGAUGGAGCAGCUGUUUGCUGCUGUUCGCGCCGGCGACGUGAUUGAAAUCCAAAAGGUGCUGGAAGCCAAGUCUGGAUUUUGGAAGGGCACGUUCAAGGGCACGGUGUCCAACUCGAAAAUGCUCGCCACGACCGCCGAGCGCGACGACAGCGGCAAGCUGCCUGUGCACAUUGCCACCGAGUCUGGCAAGGCGCCCGUGCUCGCUUGCUUGCUCGACUAUGGCGCGAGCGUGACCGACAAGACAACGUACGGCGAAAGCUGCAUCCACCUUGCCGUCCUCGCCAACCUGUACUCGAUGGUCGAGUUCCUGCUGAACAAGGGCGCACACACGGAGGAGCGCGGCUCGAUGCAAAAGACCCCCCUGCAUUACGCUGCCGAGAGCGGCUUUGUCAACAUUAUCGAGCUGCUCGCCCAGAAGGGUGCCAAUCUCGACAGUCUGAACGAGGAAAAGAACACGCCGCUCCACUUGGCGGCAAUCCGCGGCCGCGCUGAUGCCGUGCGGGCGCUCAUUGCCCUCAAGGCCAACCAAGACCUCAAAAACACUGCCAGCAAGAAGGCCGUCGACGUUGCCAAGGACGACGCCACCAAGGCCGCCUUCUCCGGCAAGCCUGCUGCCGGCGAGACUGCCAGCGGCAAGCCUGCUGGUCCCGAUUACUACGAGGCGCUGGGUGUCCCACGCGAUGCCAGCGCGGCCGACAUCAAGAAGGCCUUCCGCAAGCUUGCCAUCAAGUACCAUCCCGACAAGAACCCGGAGGCCAAGGACCUGUUCCAGCUCAUCAACGAAGCCAACGGCAUUCUCGGCGACGAAAAGCUCCGUGCCAUCUACGACCGUGACGGCGCACACGGCGUUAAAGCCGAGCAAAAGCGCGACAUGAAGAAGGGCCCCAACCGCGCAGCAGACGACCUCGACGACAUUUUCAAGAACAUGAACGUGCAUGGUGUGACUGACGAGUUUGACCACCCAUCGCCCAACGUGUCGACGGCUCCCUCCACGACCACCAUGCCCUCUGUGGCCUCGUCCUCAACAAACUUCCCCGAGGCAUCGGCCGCCGGAGGUGUGGACGUCGACUUGGCUGACCUGGAAAAGCUCCAGCAAAACUUUGACGAGUCUCACUUCAUCAAUGCCACUAGCGGCAAAACUGGCCGGACUGAGAGCAAUUCUGGUGAAAAGGCACCGAGCUUCUUGGACAUUUUUGCAAACCAAUCCAGCACGCUCAAGCCCGAGGCCAAGCCGGCUGCAGCACCUGCUCCCGCCCCGGUUCCCGCUGCCGCUGCUCCGUUGUCGCCUGAAGACUUCAAAAUCGAUCCCAUCGAUGUUGAUCAAUUCUUUGCUGACAUUGAGGUCCCCACCGUGUAAUUUUCCCCUUCUCUAGUCACUCGAGUCACUCGGUGUUUGCCUCUCAAUAUUCCUCUUACAAUUCAAUGUUAUUGCUUUUUUUUUCCUUACUGCACGUCGUGGUUCACGAGCGCUUUGAUUACUUUUUUUUUUGUAGAUGUCUGGC